AUGACGGCUUUCGAUACGCAUCGAAAGGAGUUGCGGUCGAAAGUCAUGAGUCUUCUCAUUGACACUAUUGUCGUCGAAUCGGUUUCGCGUCAAACGCACGACGUUAAUUGCACGAAAACGACCAGACCCCAUAAAAUCUGGCUUGCAGCCUCAACGGCUCAUUCGGUAAAGCGGCCUAACCGAAUCCGUACCGACCAGGGGGGGGGCUUAUUCACACGUUUGCCGCAUCGUCACCUCGUCACUCACCACCCACAGUCAGCCAGCAGUCACUGUCACCGUCACCGUCACUGUCACCGUGGUGUACGCAAGCACAGAAAACCGUCGACGAGACAUGUUCUUCGACUUACCCGCAUCAUCCUCUUCACUAUCGACAUGUACUUGUCCUUGGACUUCGACGGCGGCACCGGAGGGGUGGUCGGUUGGGCGGCGACGGCACCGUUCUUUUCAGCAGCGUUGUUCGUCGCGGUGUGUCUGGAUGCUGUCGUCGUACGGUUUGCGGUCGCUUUCACGUCUGGACUCAUACUUGGUGUUCACUGUCGUCGCUGGCGUGUACCAUUCACAACACAGCCGUCGUCACAGGCUUAA